AGAGAGAGAGAGAGGGAGGAAGAGACACAUAGAGCGGCAAGAGAGGGGAGAAACGGCGCGGGGACUGGGGGAUGAUUGCCGCAGACGGAGGGGGAAGACAGGAAAGUCGGAUGAAUCAAUGACCUUUUGAACGCUCUUCCUCUGGAUGUCCCGGUGCAGAAACGGGCCGGAGAGCUUCAAUCCGGGACAAGAAGGACUUGGAAUGUGGAUUUUGAAGGAAGUCUGUGCUCAACGGCGAGUUUGAAACAAGGGGAUGUCAUUUUUUCUUCUUAAAUCGGAGGGCAGUGGAUCAUGAAAAUAUAUCCCCACCCAACUGUGCGAGGGCUCCACACGUACUGCUCCCAUUGACUGCUCCCAGUCAGCCUCUCAGGACAGACCCCCAGCGUCCAGCUAACUGGACUGGUCUGCUAUCCAACGGGACACACUUGAAAGUAGCCGCCUUCAGAGUACCGACACUGGUGUCAGCCCACCGCUGCCAUCACGUGGAGGGCUCCCAGCACACACUGAAACUCUAACUUCUCAGUUGGAUUGUAAACCACUUCUAGUUUCUCUCACAAGAGAAGUCUUGUUUUCUCCUUCUAAUAAAGUAUUUAUGCACAGCAAACAAGAUGGGGAAAAUGCUCUCGAAGAUCUUUGGCAACAAGGAGAUGAGAAUAUUGAUGCUUGGACUUGAUGCUGCUGGUAAAACCACCAUCCUGUACAAGCUGAAGCUGGGACAGUCGGUCACCACCAUCCCCACCGUCGGCUUCAACGUGGAGACCGUCACCUAUAAGAAUGUGAAGUUCAACGUGUGGGACGUGGGGGGGCAGGACAAGAUCAGGCCACUUUGGAGACAUUACUACACAGGCACCCAGGGCCUGAUUUUCGUGGUGGACUGUGCCGACAGGGACAGGAUCGAUGAGGCGAAGCAGGAGCUCCACCGAAUCAUCAACGACCGGGAGAUGAGGGACGCCAUCAUCCUGAUCUUCGCCAACAAACAGGACCUGCCAGACGCCAUGAAACCCCACGAGAUCCAGGAGAAGCUGGGCCUGACCCGGAUCAGAGAUAGGAAUUGGUACGUUCAGCCCUCGUGUGCGACAUCGGGGGAUGGACUAUACGAGGGCUUGACCUGGCUUACCUCAAAUUACAAAUCCUAAUGUUUCUCACUUCACCAGCCUGGACACUUGGAGACAAAAAAGUAGCUGAGAAUAAAAAUGAAAAAAAAAUGCAAUCUGAAGCAAUUAAUAGCACGACCUCUCUGCUGAGUGUAUGUCGAAGAGAGUAAAAAUUCUAUUUUGUUUUCUUUUUCUUUUUGAUAAUGACUUCAAUAUAACCCCAGAUUUCAUUUAUACAAAAUACAAUUAAUUUUUUGGGCUGGCUUACUUUUUUUUGGGUAGUUUGCUUUGGUUCACAUUCUGCAUAUUCAGUGCUGUUUAAAUAUACAAUACUCUUACUUUUGAGCUCUUCUUUUGUUUUCCUGCUUUUUGUAUAAUUUCUUUGAGGGCACUUUGGGGACACACACUUGUACUUUUGCCCCCUGCUUAUCUUUCAUUCGGUAUUCUCAUGACCCAGCUACAUAUCCAAAGGAUGGGAAAGUCCAGAAACCAUUGCCUACAUCAGCAUAUCAAUUUCAUGACUCAAACUGCCUCGGUAAUUUGUAAGAAUGUGUGUUAUGGAUGUGUUGGGACCUUUUUUUUUUGAGAAAGAAAAAUAGCUGUUUUCUUAAUUGAUUGUACUGGGGUGGUGGAGGAAAUGUGUCCAUACCUGUUUCCUUUGCAGUGAUCACAUCCAUCAUGUCUGCUGUGGCAGUUUGUGUGAAAGACACUAUGUGGACGCUGGAUAUUCACAGACACUGUGAUACGGAUAUAUAUUUUUGUUGUUUCAGAUUCUGAAUCCGUUACCACCAGUCUUAUGAUCGCCUCUUUUGUUUCUCCCCGAGCUUCCGUUACUGGGGAGUGUUUGUAGUUUUCAGCUGCCUUAGGAGGGGACCAGGUUUGCAGGUGCCCCAAAAUCAAGAGUUACUGCAGCAGAAGGUAUUCUUAACUGCUGAGUUAGCACUUUGGGAGAGAGAGGGGGGUUACCAACCAGCUGGCUGUGCACAUUUAGGUUUUCUGACUGACUUUUGGACCCCAGCAAAUGUUUACGAAAUACCCAACCCCCCACCGUCUCCCAUAUAGGUGCUUCUUUUCUUUUUCUUUUUCACGUCCUCGUCAUCUACCUGUACUAUUUAGAUCCCGCAGACACACACCAACUCUCUGUUUAUAGUUAAUAGAUGCUGCUCUGUCUGAUUUUUGUUCCCUUUUCUUUUGCUAUGCUGAUGAAAUAAUAAAAAAAAUAUAUCCAGAUCA